AUGGAGUCUCAAACCACCUUGCACUGGGGUGUACUUGGUUUUACGUUUGGCCUCGCGACGAUCUCCAUCGGUCUACGCUUCGGAAGUCGAUAUCUCACACGAGCCAAAUUCUGGUGGGACGACGCAUUUGCCAUUCUUGGCUACAUUGUUGAUGUUGUCUGGUUCAUAUGUUUGGCCAUCUGGUUACGCAACGGCCUCGGACAACACAUCGAAAACGUUAAAGACGCAGGGAGCAUCGAGGACAUCUUGCGUAUCAACAAACUUUUUCUGUUUAUUAUCGAAUUGUUCUACGCAUAUGGAUUGUUCUUUGGCAAGGUCUCUAUCCUGGCCUUCUACUGGCGAAUGUUUGGCAUCAGCAAUAUCAAAGUUCCUAUCCAGGUCCUGUUGGGAUGUUCCGUCAUAUGGAUCGUUAUCAGGACCUUCAUGGGAACAUUCCAAUGCACUCCUGUCCAGGCAUUCUGGGACUCAAAUGCUGGGGGAUAUUGCGUCAUCGACUCCUCGAAAUUCUUCUUCGGAACGACCCUUGUUCACGCAUUGAUCGACAUGGCGAUAUUGACUCUACCUGUCAUUCAAAUCAUUAAGCUCAACCUCCCUCUGAUGCAGAAGAUUGCGGUCACCUUGAUGUUCUUGUUCGGCCUGUUCAUCUGCAUCGCCGCAAUUGCCCUGAUUGUCAAAGCCGUCUCUUUUGAUGGUGCAGCAUUAGACUUCACGUGGAAUAUAAGUGAGAUUAUACUGUGGGCGGGUGUCGAGGUCAAUUUGACGACUGUUUCUGCGUGCCUCCCGACUUUCCGACCUGCAUUGAACUUCAUCUUCCGACAGAAGCUCCCCGGCAGCUCAGCUGGUGCCAACAGCGGCACGUACGGCACCUAUGGAGGAAACUCCCACGCCCACUCUCGACGUGGCAGAUCAACAAAGAACAUGACUGCUAUCGUGAGUCAGGCAGAUGAUGAGGGAUCGACAUACCAGCUGGCGGAGACAAACCGACCGGAUCGGAGCUCAUCUAGAGAGGGUUACGAAGAUACUUAUCGACGAUUCGGUGUUGCUACUGCGAUCUCAGGAGACCCCGAGUCUCAGAAACAUGGCGGCUCCGCACAUGGCGAGGAUGGAAUACACGUCAGGAACGAGACCGUCAUCAGCGUUUCUACAGUUCGCCCCGACUCGGAUGAGGAUAAACAAGGGCGUUACGGGCUGAAUAAGACCGAUUCGCCUUGA